UAUUUAAAGAAUUUACAUACAUACCGAUUAUUAUAAUUUACAUAUUUACAUAGUUAAAAUUCAACAUGGCAGAUGUACCUACUGAUGCACCGCAACAUUGUCCUGGUACAACUAGCGAAGAUGCUGGUAAAGUGUCUGCAUGUGCUGGAUGUCCGAAUCAAACAUUAUGUGCAUCUGGUGCUACAAAGCAAACUGAUCCUGGUAUAGCUCUGGUUAAAGCAAGACUUCUCGCUGUCAAAAAUAAGAUACUCGUAUUGUCUGGUAAAGGUGGAGUUGGGAAAAGCACUAUAACAUCGUUGGUGUCCAGAUCUUUAGCAGCAAAUAAUCCUCAAACAAAUGUUGCUGUAUUGGAUAUAGACAUUUGUGGGCCAUCUCAGCCAAGAGUAUUGGGUGCAAUAGGGGAACAAGUUCACCAAAGUGGAUCAGGAUGGUCUCCAGUAUAUAUAGAGGACAAUUUAUCUUUGAUGUCCAUUGGAUUUUUGCUUGCUAGUCCCGAUGAAGCAGUAAUAUGGAGAGGGCCAAAGAAAAAUGGAAUGAUCAGACAAUUUCUAUCAGAAGUCGAUUGGGGUAGUUUGGACUACCUCAUUUUAGACACACCUCCAGGAACAUCGGAUGAACAUUUAUCUGCAACAUCCUACCUUAAAGAGGCUGGUAUAACGGGAGCAGUAAUUGUUACAACUCCACAACAAGUUGCUUUAUUGGACGUGAGAAAAGAAAUCGACUUUUGCCGAAAAGUGAACAUUCCAAUUUUAGGUGUUAUCGAAAAUAUGAGCAUUUUCGUGUGUCCUAAAUGUAAAGAGUCUACCGAGAUAUUUCCUGCGUCAACAGGCGGUGGCCGUGCGAUGGCCGAAGAAUUAAAUGUUGAUUUCUUUGGUUCUAUACCAUUAGAUCCAUUAUUAGCCAGGUGCUGUGAUGAAGGUAAAAAUUUUCUGAUCGAAGUUCCAGAGUCACCAACUGUUCUGACAUUGCAGACAAUUGUACAGAAAAUCGUGGAUAAAUGUGAAAAUAAGAAAGAAAGUUAUCAAAUCGAUUCAACGUGAAAGAACGAUACGCUUUUAAAUAUUAAAAACAUAGCUAUAUGUAUAUUAAAAUUCUGUAUAAAUGUAAUAAAUAUUGACUUCUGUUUUCGUAUAUUCCAUGA